GAACAGCAUCUGCAGCGACUGUCCCUUAGAAGAAGGUUGGCCAGGCCCCUCCACCCUCAUGCUCCAGGGCUGGCACUGGGCCCAGCUGGCUCAGGAAGUAGAUUUGGCCUGGAGAUUGCAGAGAAACCGUCUGAUGGGGAAGAAAGGGGCGGAGUGCAUCAUGGUCUUCCUGGGGCUGCAGCCCCCAGCACAGUUCCUCAUUCUGCUCGCACUCGGGCCUCAGGCUUGGUCAAGCUCACUGGGGUGUUGGUGCAGCUCUGAGGGGUCCCUCACUGCCGCAUCAUGGCAUCUGCUCUCACCAGCCUCUUCCUCGGCUGCUGGCUGGCUGAGCGGAGCCAGGUGUUGGGAGAGGGGUCCCUCCCCAAACCCUCCAUCUCCAUCAGCCCCAGUGGGGUGAUCCCCAUGGGGGGAAACGUCACCAUCCGGUGUCAGCAUCAGCACCUGGGCAUGAGGUUCCUCCUCUACAAGGCUGGAGAUGGGAACUAUCUGACUUACACAGACCCUGCUGGCUCUGAGGCUGAAUUUCCCAUCACCAGCGCCAGACGGGAACACGGUGGCAGCUACACCUGUCGUUAUACCUACAGAGCAGGACCAGCUGCCUACUCGGAGCCCAGCGACCCUGUGCAGAUCAUUGUAGCAGAUCCCAGCUUACCCAGACCCUCCAUCUCUCUGAGCCUCACUUCGGUCACCGUCCCAGGGGCAGACGCCACCAUCCGGUGUCAGGGGCAACGCUGGGAUGUGAGGUUCUUCCUGUACAAGGCUGGAGACCGGAAUCCACAGCAACAAAUGGACCCUGCUGGGGGCAGGGCCGAGUUCCGCAUCCCCACCGUGGGCCGGCAGCACGGAGGGAUCUUCAGCUGCAGCUACCGGCCCCAGUCACAGCCCUUCGUCUCCUCGCAGCCCAGUGAACCCGUGCAGCUGGUGAUAGCAGGGGGAACUGACCCAACCCAGCCUGGAGCGGCGCUGGCUCCCACCCAGCCAGCAGGUCCCUCGGGGUGCCUGGAUUUCACCCACGCCAACAUCGACCGCCUGGCGCUGUGUGCCAUAGUCCUGUUUGUCCUGGGGCUGAUCUUGGCUGAGGCGUAUUACAACCGCCCAAGGGGGGUGCCGUAGGAACCUGGAUCCGGCCUUGCAGAGAAGAGAAUCUCCCCAGGGGACGAGCUACUGCCCCUUCAGGGGCUGAGACACCAGCUCAAAACCUCCUGCCCCCAAACAACCCUGCCUCGGAGAAUCCCCUCCCGACUACUCCCAACACGACAGUCACAUCCCAGGAUCAAACCCCUGACCUCCAGCCUAGAGGUUGUUGGGCUGGACUCACUAGACCCCACUGACCUCCCUGAGCCAGGGAUAAAACCUAGAAGUCCUGGCUCUCAGCCCCACCCCCUGUUCUAACCACUAGACCCCACUGCCCUCCCAGAGCCAGGGAGAGAACCCAGGAGUCCUGGCUCACAGGUGGAUGCAAUAGACGAGGCAGCUGCUGACGGUGUGUCCUGCCAUCUGGACUAGGUGGUUCAGGAUAAGCGUGGGAUAUAAAUUGACCCCUAGAUGCAGGCGGCUUUUAUUUGGCAGAGAGGGAAACAGGGAGGAAAGAGUGGACAGGGUCAGGGGCAAGCCUGGGGCAGCGGACGUCAGGUGAGGGCGCCCCCUGGCAGUAGCACCAGCUGCUCUGGAGGGAGGAGCUACCACAGGACACCACUAGGGGGAGCUCUGGCUCCAUGGAGGGGCAUCCAGCAGCCACAGUGUCCCCUGGCUACGUACAGCCCUGUGCACCCUGCCUGAGCUGGGGGCGAGUGUCACUCCUUGUCCCAGGGGACGAUCCCAGCCAGUUCCUGCAGCCACUCUCGGUAAAGCUAGGCAAAACGCUCUCUUGGCGCUGCGGUGAAAUGGUUCUUCCAGUCGCUGGCGACCCCUGCGAAGCAGAGACACUGGGUGGGACAGCAAUUCUGUGCGGCAGGGGCACCCCCUGGUGGGAGAGGUGUGGCUGGGGAAGUGGGAAGCCCCCCCCACCCCACAGCCAGUGCUCCCACCCCUCUCCCCACAGAACCUCCCACUGGAAGAGUAUUUCCAUAAUAGCCGUGCCAUGUGCCCAAAGGUGGGAUUAGGGUACUGGGCACUGGUUUGGGUUGUCAGGACUCUUGGGGUCUAUCUCUGGCUCCAGGAGGGGAGUGGGGUCUAGUGGUUAGAGUUGGGGACUGGGAGCCAAGACUCCUGAGUUCUAUCCCAGGCUCUGGGAGGGGAGUGGGUUACUCCAGAUUGCCUUCUAGGAAGCUAGGAUCAGAAUCUAGCCCUGACCCUAUUGUAGUUAUGGGGGCCCUGCAUCCCACCUCCCCCCAGCUUUUGGGCUAAGAACCCAGUGCAUGGCAAAGCAGGGACUGGCCAGGGCAAGCCCUUCUAGCAAUAGGCCCCUGCCUGGGGUGGCCCCGUGUGGGGGAGCCAGUACCAGACCAGACAUCCCUUUCCUUUCCCAAUUUUCCCACGAGCCGGUUGGUGCCAGCACUGGGCAGAGGCCGUGGGGCAGCGGGGAGAGAGCUAUGGAUGCUGCUGGGAGCCAGAGGAAGUGCCUCACUUGCCUUGAAACUCAUCAGACACCCUUCCCUUUGGGCAGAUCUGGGUGCCCCUCUCUUCUGCCCCUUCCGCAGCCCCCCCCAGAGAGGCACCACUUACCCCUGUUCACCAGCUACACCCCCACAGGCCCGGCCUGGCUUCAUGCACCAAGUAACUCUAUCUGGUUUGGGGCCCCUUGUACAACCCAGAACCCGGUGAGUGCCCAUUGAGGGCUCACCUCCAGUUUAAAGGGGUACUGUCCCUUUUCUACAUGCUGCAGAGCCACCUCGCACAGCAGAACGGGGAUGUCUCCCCGUGUGUGACCAAGGGGCAAUGCCCUGUAAUAUUAUUAUGAA